CCGACUGACCAAGAAUCGAAGCCGUUGCUAGAAGCUCGAACAAAGGAGAAACAGUGGACAGUGGCACUCUCAACAUACCCGACUGGCCAAGAAUCGAAGCCGUUGCUGAGUCUUACCUCGAAGAAAGGAGAAACAGUGGACAGUGGCACUCUUCGAACCGACUGGCCAGGAAUCGAAGCCGUUGCCGACUGGCCAAGAAUCGAAGCCGUUGCUGAACUACGUACCGUGACACGGUUACCAAGAAUCGAAGCCGUUGCUGAGUUUAGACUACUUGGCCAAGAAUCGAAGCCGUUGCUGAGUUUAGACUACGUACUAGAGAAACAGUGGACAGUGGCACUCUCCGACAUACCCGACUAG